AUUUUUAUGUCAUUCACCGGGUUAUACCGGUGUAGAGCCCAGAUGAACACGGAAUGCCCGGUGUUUGCGCCGGGAGUUAUUUAAACAAAGGAGCGGCAAAACGAAGGAAGCGAUUCCCCGUGAAGCCUGCCAGGUACCGUACCGUUGUGACAGACUGGGAGGGGAGGGAGGGAGAUUGGUUGCAGACUGGGCGCCGACACUUUGAUUACGGAUUUGAUAUUAAACCCACACAAAGAGCGGAUCGGAGAAAAGAGACAGACCCUGGCGCGGGAACGGAACAAGGAACCAACCGCCGAGCCCAUUGGCUGCAACCGGCUGAAACACGACAAGGCGUUGGGCCAGACAAGUUGUCCAUCCCUGCUGAUGUUGAGAAGGAUCAUAUAAAUCAUAAAUCAUAAAUAAAUCAUCGUGAGUUGUUAUUAAAAUAUCACCAGCAGCAAGUUAUUAGCAAACCAACAGGCGAAGAAGAUUUAAGGAUGUUGAGGUUUCUGCGGCUGAAAAGGGCGAGAGUGAGUUAGGGCUAGGACUAGGGCUAGGGCUUGCUUAUGUCAGGGGGUUAAACUUGCCUACGAGAUUUUCUAAAGUUUUUCCUGAAGAUUUGCUAAGUUUUUCUGCGAGAUUCAUCAAUAUGGCAAUACCC